UGCUCAGCCGCGGGCUCGCGAGCGGAGCUGAGCGCCUGGCGGCCGCCGGGACACCCCCGAUCCUCGGCGGCCGCCCAUGCCCGCCGCGCCCCGGGCCCGCGGCCCUCCCCAGCGCUGCGCUGCGCCGCCCGGCCCGGCGGGGGCGGGGCCGGGGCCGGGGCCGGGGUCGGGCUGGCGAGGCGCCGGGCCGCAGGGCGGCCGCCGGGAUGCGGGGCUGGCGGAGGAACCUCGCGCUCUGCCUGCAGCGGCUGCCGGACGAAGACGAUGGACCUUACUCCAAAGGGGGCAAGGAUGCAGGAGGGACCGAUGUGGCCCUGGCAUGCCGCAGACAGAGCAUUCCAGAGGAGUUCCGCGGGGUCACCGUGGUGGAGCUGACCAAGAAGGAAGGCAGCACGCUGGGCCUAACCAUCUCAGGUGGCACCGACAAGGACGGGAAGCCCAGGGUCUCCAACCUGAGACCGGGGGGGCUCGCAGCCAGGAGUGACCUGUUGAACGUGGGCGACUAUAUUCGGUCAGUGAACGGGAUCCACCUGACCAGGCUCCGCCAUGAUGAGAUCAUCACCCUGCUCAAGAAUGUGGGCGAGCGCGUGGUGCUGGAGGUGGAGUAUGAGCUGCCCCCGCCCGCCCCUGAGAACAGCCCAGGGAUCGUCACAAAGACAGUGGACGUCUCCCUGUACAAGGAGGGCAAUAGCUUUGGCUUUGUCCUCAGAGGGGGUGCCCAUGAAGAUGUACAUAAGACCCGCCCGCUCGUCCUGACCUGUGUCCGGCCUGGCGGCCCUGCAGACAGGGAAGGUUCCUUGAAGGUGGGCGACAGGCUGCUCAGCGUUGAUGGGAUCCCGCUGCACGGGGCCAGCCACGCCACUGCCAUGGCCACGCUGCAACAGUGCAGCCACGAGGCACUCUUCCAGGUGGAGUAUGAUGUGGCCAUCCCAGACACAGUGGCCAAUGCUUCGGGGCCCUUGAUAGUGGAGAUAACCAAGACGCCUGGGUCCGCCCUGGGCAUCUCGCUCACCACCGGCUCCCACCGGAACAAGUCAGUCAUCACUAUCGACCGCAUCAAGCCGGCCAGUGUGGUGGACAGGAGUGGGGCCCUACAUGCUGGAGACCACAUCCUGUCCAUUGACGGCACCAGCACAGCACACUGCUCGCUUCUGGAGGCCACCAAGCUCCUGGCCAACGUGUCAGAGAAAGUGCGACUAGAGAUCCUGCCAGCACCCCAAAGUCGGCGGCCCCUGAAACCGUCAGAGGCAGUGAAGGUGCAGAGGAGCGAACAGCCACAUCGCUGGGACCCCUGCGUGCUCUCCUGCCACAGCCCGCGGCCCGGCCACUGCAGGACGCCCACCUGGGCCACACCUGCCGGCCAGGACCAGAGCCGAUCCUUGUCCUCGACUCCCUUUUCCUCUCCGACCAUGAAUCAUGCCUUCCCCUGCACCAACCCCAGCACCCUUCCCCGUGGAUCCCACCCCAUGAGCCCCCGGACCACAAUGGGGCGGAGGAGGCAGCGAAGAAGGGAGCACAAGAGCUCAUUGUCACUGGCCUCCAGCACGGUGGGGCCAGGGGGACAGAUCGUGCACACGGAGACCACGGAGGUCAUACUCUGCGGAGACCCCCUCAGCGGCUUCGGCCUCCAGCUCCAGGGUGGCAUCUUUGCCACCGAGACCCUUUCUUCCCCUCCGCUCGUGCGCUUCAUCGAGCCCGACAGCCCAGCAGAGAGGUGUGGGCUGCUGCAGGUGGGAGACCGGGUCCUGUCCAUCAAUGGUAUUGCCACCGAGGACGGGACGAUGGAGGAAGCUAACCAGCUGCUGCGGGACGCAGCGCUGGCCCACAGGGUGGCACUGGAGGUCGAGUUUGAUGUGGCAGAGUCCGUCAUCCCAAGCAGCGGUACCUUCCACGUGAAGCUGCCCAAGAGGCGUGGAGUGGAGCUGGGCAUCACCAUUGGCUCGACCAGCAGGAAGCGAGGAGAGCCCCUCAUCAUCUCUGACAUCAAGAAGGGCAGCGUGGCACACAGGACCGGCACCCUUGAGCCAGGCGACAAGCUUCUGGCCAUCGACAAUAUCCGCCUGGACAACUGCCCCAUGGAGGACGCUGUGCAAAUCCUGCGGCAGUGCGAGGACCUGGUGAAGCUGAAGAUCCGGAAGGACGAGGACAACUCCGAUGAACAGGAGACCACGGGUGCCAUUAGCUACACAGUGGAACUGAAACGUUACGGGGGUCCCCUGGGUAUCACCAUUUCGGGAACAGAGGAGCCUUUUGACCCCAUUGUCAUCUCAGGCCUCACCAAGCGUGGUCUGGCUGAGAGGACUGGCGCUAUCCACGUUGGGGAUCGCAUCCUGGCCAUCAACAGCGUCAGCCUCAAGGGCCGGCCUCUGAGUGAGGCCAUCCACCUCCUGCAGGUGGCUGGUGAGACUGUCACACUGAAGAUCAAGAAGCAGCUAGACCGCCCCCUCCCACACCGCAAGUCGGGCAGCCUCAGCGAGGCCAGCGAUGCAGAUGAGGACCCUCCAGAGGCGCUCAAAGGGGGCUUGCUGGCAGCCCGGUUCUCCCCUGCCGUACCCAGCGUGGACAGUGCUGUGGAGUCCUGGGACAGCUCGGCCACAGAGGGGGGGUUUGGGGGCCCAGGCUCCUACACUCCACAGGCGGCAGCUCGGAAUGUGACCCCCCAGGAGUGGCGGCCCAGCCGGCUGAGAAGCAGCCCCCCACCCACGGAGCCCCGGAGGACAAGCUACACCCCGGCCCCCACAGACGAGAGCUUCCCCGAGGAGGAGGAGGAGGAGGAGGAGGAGGAGGACUGGGAGCCACCAACUAGCCCAGCCCCUGGCCCUGCCCGUGAGGAGGGCUUCUGGCGCAUGUUCGGGGAAGCCCUCGAAGACCUGGAGUCGUGUGGUCAGUCAGAGCUGCUGAGGGAACUGGAGGCAUCCAUCAUGACGGGCACGGUGCAGAGCGUGGCCCUUGAGGGCAGGCCUGGCCACCGGCCCUGGCGGAGGAGCCAGGAGGUACGAGCGUCCCCUGAAGAGACACAGGAGCUGCUUGUGCCGACACCCUUAGAGAUGCACAAGGUGACACUGCACAAGGACCCUUUGCGGAAUGACUUCGGUUUUAGCGUCUCCGAUGGCCUCCUGGAGAAGGGCGUCUACGUCCACACUGUGCGCCCUGAUGGGCCAGCCCAACGUGGGGGCCUCCGGCCCUUCGACAGGGUCCUUCAGGUCAACCACGUUCGCACGCGGGACUUCGACUGCUGCCUGGCGGUGCCACUCCUGGCCGAGGCAGGCGAUGUCCUGGCACUGGUCAUCAGCCGCAACCCGCUGGCGCAGAGCAGCCGAGCCCCGCGAGCACCAGGCCCCAGCAGCCCCCGGAUGCUCUGAAGUCAGCGUGUGGUCUGGACACCCCAGGGUCUGCCCGAGUAGACCCUGACCCCCAGAGCUGUAGCUGGGCUGGAGAAGUGGCCGCUCACUUAUCCAUCUGUCCGUCUGGCAGGCUCUGAGCUGGGGACCGGACUCUGUGUCUAUUCUCCGGUUCUGUAGUGCCUGGAGUCCCAGGCAGUGAUGUCCCUGUGCCAGCUGGAGUGACGUCUAGGUCUUUCUCCAUGUUGGGGCUCCAAGAUGCCCAGAGGAGCCCCACUCAGUAGGGGCUGAGACAGGCUGCUCAGCUGGGAGAAGAGGGGCUGGGGAGCCCAGCUCCGUGUAGGGAGUGCUUUCUCCCAGCAGAGCUAUGGAGCUGCCAGGGAGGAGUGAGCUCCCCAUCCCAAGAGGUGAGCAAGUGGGAGCUGGAUACCCCCAGUGCAGUCAUGGACUGAGGUAUGAAGCAUCCGGGCAGUGGGUCCACACAUGCUCAGGUAGUUAGUUUUCCAACAGGGGGAGAGCAUUUAGGGUGUUUCUUGUUUUCUGGGCUGCCUCCCACCAAGACAGAUGCCACUCAGGGUGGGAGCCUAGCCCCUUCUCUUCUCCAGCAUUCUGGUGUUUGGGUCUCACUGGCAUCCCCACUGGAGAGACUCUGAGCUGGAAUGGCUGAAGCCCAGGAAGCGUCAGCCCGCCGACUCUGAAAGCGAGUGGUUUUCUUACUUCGGCAUCUCUGGUCUGAAGCCUCUGUGAUUUGAGACCACAGUGCUGGGCCCUUUGGGCAAGCUCAGUGUGGCUUUGGGCUCUCAGCCCCUCCUGCUGCUUUUGUAGGGUGCACAGGCACAGAUCCAUAUGAAUACACCCCUCUCAGGCCAGGUCCCACACUGCGGGAGGGAGUCAUUUGGAACAGACGACCCAGGGGUUUCCAUUCAUCUGCCAUUCCAGUGGAGAUGGGAAAACCAUGGAAGUAUGCCAUGUUAGAUGACACAGCUCCUCUUCAAUAUCUAAAUUAGUGAAGGAGGAGAGACAGGGAGAGGGAGGCACAGAGAUAGAGAGGCAGGCAGGAGAGAGAUGGGCUGUCUUCUCUCAUGCCCAAAGGCGACAGUGUCCAAGGUGGUCAUUCAAGGAAGUUUAUUCCCACUUGAAAUCUGGAAGCACCAGCAUCCCUUAAAAUCAUUGUCCUCGUUUUCCACAGACCCAGAAACCCUUUUGAUUUUGAGAAGGGCACGGGCGGCCUUCACCUGGUGGUCUGGGCUGGGGCCCCCAGGAUGGAGGCAGGCAGGGAGGAUUCAGUCAGGUCUGGGGAUUUGCUUAGCUCUUAAUGGGGGUCUCAGGAAAACGGGGCACCCAUUCCCAUCUGCAUCCUCCAUGCUUCCCUCCAAGGGAGGCCCCCCAGAAACACUCUUCCACUCAAGGGACAAGAUGGGGAGUCGAGAGGCCUGUUCUUUUCACCCUGGGUUGCUGCUUGGUUGCUCUGUGACCCCCUCCGGGUCUGGUCUGGCCCUCUCUGGACAAUCAAGGGGUGGACAGUCUCUGAGCAGGUACGGCCUCCCUGUCAUGGCCAGAACCAGGCCCACUGGGCACCCCACCCACACUCUCCCUGUGGGCCUGCUUUCCCUCUCCUCCCUCCAGUUUCCCAUAGCCUGCCCUUUCCUGUCUUCCCUGGAGAGCCCUUCAUGCCACGGCUGGACUGUCCAAUGCAUCUGCUAUCUUGGAUUCCUGUGUGAACAUCCGCCCCAGGGUGAAAGGGCACUGCCCACCCAUCACAGGGGCACUGAGGAAAAGCCAAGAGCCCUCAGCUUGGGGGUGUGGGGGGUGACACAACAGAGACAUGGCCACUGGCAGCCACAGCUGUGUGAACUUAGGCAAGUUGCCCAGCCUCUCUGGGCCUCUGUCAAGUGACAGGGCUAGACAGGACAUACUCCCAGGGCCUGUCAGCUUGGGAAAGCUGCAUCUGGCUGCAGGUGAAGGAAGAUGCGUUCUGACCCGUCCAGUGCUCCCCUGUUUUCUCGGGCUGGAGGCCUCUGCCAUUUCCCCCAGACGUAUGCAACCGGGCCCGGCAGGUGGCCCCUGGCCGUGGCCGGCCUUCUCAUAUGCAAUAUUUCUUCUGGCUUCUCAUGGGGAUCACAGAUCCCAGACUUGACAUUUCCCGACACCCGUCCCCGGUGAGCAUCCUGCCUGCCUAUGCAUUUUGGGUACAGCUCCUGUGACAUGUCCCUCCUACCCUCAAAAGCUGUAUUUUUCUCUGGCUGAGAUUAGAGCAUAUUCCUUGUAAAGUAUUUUUCUACAUGGGGUUUUCUUAGAGCUCUCGGGAAGCACAUGCCAAGGGGCUGCAUUGCAAAGGCCAUUGGGGUCUCUUUGGGGCCCACGUGUAAAUCCGUUCUGCCAGGGAUUGCAAUGACGUGGGAGCUGGGGGUGGGGUGCCAUUGGGAUGAUUUUUUAAAUAAAGUUAUUUAAAUGCAA